CUUAAACACGAAGGACACACAUGGGAUAGGAGGUAUAUAAAGCCGGCCAAAUGUAUUUAUGAUUUACUUCUGAGUAAUCCUACAACGCGUGAUGAAGAUUCUUGCACUCGUUUGCUUGCUAGCAGCCACAGGCUAUGGUCGUCAAGGAUUUGGACCCGGGGAGCAAGAUUGGGGUCACGUUGAGGUAAGGUCUGGCGCCUACGAAUUUUGGUGGUUAUACGAAACAACAGCGCAUGUAGCUAAUAUCACCGAAAAACCGCUUGUUAUAUGGCUACAAGGCGGUCCGGGCGCUUCAUCUACUGGUUUCGGAAAUUUCGCGGAAAUUGGACCUUUAGAUGAAAAUCUAAAUCGUAGAGAUCAUACGUGGGUGAACGAUGUGAACCUUCUUUUCAUUGAUAAUCCCGUUGGAACAGGAUACAGCUACGUUGAUGACAAAAAGUACUUGACAACAACCAACAAGCAAAUUGCGGACGAUCUUGUAGCAUGUCUCGAAGGGUUUUAUAAGAGAAGGCCAGAAUUUCGCCACGUACCCCUUUACAUCACAUCGGAAUCGUAUGGAGGGAAAAUGGCUGCAGAAUUUGCGCUAGAAUUAUUUAAGAGAGGAUUUCCCAACAUUAAAGGAGUAAACAUGAUCGACGCUUGGAUAUCGCCAAUAGAUUCUGUGCUAAACUGGGCACCAUUCCUACUUAAUGUUGGUGCCAUAGAUCAGCAAGGUUAUCAGAAAGUAGAUGCCGGUGCAAGGCGCACACAAAAAUAUUUAGAGGACGGAAAGUACCAAGAGGCAACAAAUUCAUGGGCAAACACCGAAAAUAUAAUUAUGAACGUCGCUCAUGACGUUGAUUUUUACAACAUCCUCAAAAAAAUCAACUCUCACUGUCGAAAAGUUGGCAGAAGCCUUAUUGCAAAACCUGGAAUUCCAGAAUGUGUGGACGAGGUCGAUUACAAAAUUGGUUUGCUAAUGAACGGAAAAAUAAGGGAAGCACUCAAGUUGAACGUAACAUGGGGCCAUACAAGUGGAGCAGUGUUCAAUACAUUGGGGGAAGAUUUUAUGAAGCCUGUUGUUGACAUAGUUGCAAAAGUAUUAGACAAAACGAAUCUAAAGGUACAGGUAGUUACUGGUCAAUUAGACCUUAUUGUUGAUACGCCUGGCACAAUAGUGUGGAUUGACAACAUGAAAUGGUCAAGAAGCAGAGAAUGGUCAACAGUUCCUAGAACAGUACUAUCGGUGAAUGGGGUUAAUGAGGGUUACCAAAAGAAACUCGGAAAUUUUGCAGUUUACUGGGUUAACAGGGCUGGUCACAUGGUACCUGCAGAUAACCCACUGGCUAUGAAUAGUAUUCUCACGGAUUUAAUAAGUUAAUGACAUCUGUUUCUCUCUAAUAACACACUUGCAUUUAAUAAACGGUUUUAAUAAGA